GAUUAGGGAAGAUGUUGGGCGGCUGAAGGACGUGGGCCUCGCGUCAGUUGGGUUUCACUCGCUAGAACAGGAUCGCUCUGAUUUUUCCAUGGAAAAGCAAAGAGUCAGGACACAUAGCCUGUGGUCAAUCAACAGCAAUUGACGCCUGACCGAAUUCUCCAGGACGGAGGAAAUCGACUGCGACAUAACAAAGCAACCGUCGUCAGCGAUCAUGCCUGCGCCGCCUCCCAGCCUCCCGGAGACCCCAUCCAGAGACAAUACCGCCGACAAUCGCCAGUCCGAGUCUCUUCCACCUUGGGCCAAGAUUACACUGACUUCAGCAGAGGCUGAGAUUGAGAAACUCAUAUCCAGAAACGAGCUCAAGGAUGCUGAAGUCACGUACUUUUGCCAGGUUGAACCCAUCCUACAGGACGGACCUCAAUGCGGCCUCGUUGCACUCGCAAUGGCGUCACAGGAGUACACGAAGCCAGUCUCGGUUACACAGCUGCUAGCGGAGGCAAGAGUGAGGGGUUUUACACAGCACGGAGAAGUUUACAGCGUUGACUAUAUGGGAACACUGGCAGCUGAAUACUUGCCCGAACAUAGGCCUGAUAUUCUGAUAGAUUUGCAGACUUGUCCAGAUUCGCUGACGCAUGCACUCGCCCAUGGAGCUAUGGUCCUCAUUCCGUACGAUUCGGACUUCAACCAUGCUCCGUGUUUGAAGAGGGGACACAAGGCGCACUGGGCGUUGCUGGUGGGCCUUAUUUCGUCGAGGCAAGGCUAUCACGUUCUCGCCCGCCACGGCAAGUCUCGUCAUCUGGCUUGCUGGCCUCUGCGGGAUCUGAUCGAAAGCAACGGGAACUUGGAAGAGGAAGGCGCCGCCAGGCACGCCGGAGGCUACGUCGUGCCCAAAGGCGGAGUCGGUGGACAGAGAGGUCUGCGUGGCAGAGCGCUGGCGCUUCAUCCGUACAUCUAAACGAACUUGGUGGAGGAUAAACGGCUGGGAAUCAUACAUCUGCGUUGAAUAUAAAUCCCAAAGAAUAAUAUAAUUUUUACAGCAAUUUUAAAAUCGUUUCAGCCAGAGACAAAGGAGAGUAAGUCGAAGAGUAUCAAUGAUAAUGGCGAGUAAGUUGAAGGAAAUGAAAAUGGCAAUCGGACUUUCAAGCCAGAACUACGAACAAACUCGCGAAAAGAGUGAUUUAGAAACACAAAAAACGUUGAAGAAAAGCUGUUUAAGAUCUUCGUGGUCUAAAUUGAAAUCUUCAGAUUCAAAACAAUCAUUUUCUCACUUUUUCCGAUACAUUUUCUUUGGAUUAAGCAAUUUCUCUACUACAUGUCGAUCGAUGACAUAUACUUGCGAUAUAAAAUGAAUCUGAAUUGUCUAAAUCAAAUAUGUAAUGUCAUAUAAAGUAAUGAAGAAUUGAGAAAAUAACAAAAUAAAACAAUUAUUAUAAUUAGGUAGGCACAUUAUCAAAAUGAUUAUGCAUCAUUUUAUGAAAAUAAUACGAUCAAAAACCUGAAUCGUGAGAAUUUUCGGUUCAGCUUUUUAUAUAUACCAUAAUAAAAUUACCAAUAACAGUUGUCAUAUUAUUUAUGUAACAAAUAUUUAAAUUAUCGGAUAUAAAUUCGGUUAUUUAUCAUCGGUUAAGUUUGCAUCCAUCCAAAGAGAUAAAAGAACAUUUAAGGCUAAAAAUAGAACAAAGCUCGUUAAUUAUGGACACUAGUUUAGCAAGAAUCGUGAAUAGCGAACAAAUACCUAGUUAAUUAUGUAAAUUCGUCUAAAUGUUAAAUUGUUUUUUGUUCAUAUGAUGUCACUUUGAAAACGUUCUCUUUUUUCUUACGUUAUUUCUGUUCGUUCUUACAAAAUUUUUGGUACCAUUUAUAAAUUUGUGCUUUAUUGCAUCCGAUUAAUCAUAAAAAUAUACUGUAACAUAUAGAUGUAUGAAAAUAAAAUCGCGAAUGCAACGCACUGCGCAUAAAACCGCGAGUAAGUUCAAGUAGAAUGCAGAAGCGCAUUUCUCAUACGAAAUUGGAAUUUAUCAAUUGUCAUUAACGGCAGUAAAAAUAAAAAUAAAAAUUAUAAUCAUAAUUACCGAUUAUGAACA